UGAAAAGGUCAAACGAUCGCUCCCACACAUACGCACCUCUUUCUCGAACCAGAGGUUUGGGUUUUUUUUUCGUUGUUCGAUGGUUUCCGUUCGCUCGCAAUGACAUGGCCUCCUCCUCCUCCACACCACCACCCUUUUGGAGUUUAGAGCGUGAUUUGCUCUCCUCUCAUCAACCCAAAACCACCACUCUCUCUCUCUCUCUCUCUCUCUCUCUCUUCAAAUUCCUUCAAUUAAUUAGGUGACUCUUUCCUUAUAUUCAGUCUUUGUUUUCUUUGCUCUCUCCUUUGUCCCUUUCCCAUUCACUCCUCCACAUGAAGUUUCAUUGAUCAAGCUUGUACAGAACUUCCUCUAUCUCAGUUCCGGCAAUACAAGCAACAUGGCAACGAAACCGAAAGAGAGCACCUCUCUGGUGAAGAAAAAGAAGGUCGCGUCUCCUUCAGAUCAUCAUCAAACCAGCAUGGCCCAAACCAAACGACCUAGUCCGACUUUAAAGCAAUCCAACUUAUUAUCUUCUCCAACCACCAGUGUCGCUCCGACAGCAUCAGAUAAGCAACUCCCGAAUUAUCUAAAACCGACAUUGAGCUCACGGGUUGAAUCGCCAAAGCCAGGAACGAAGAAACAUGUCUCAUUGUUGCCUGGAGCCUCUGCUCAGAAGCCUCAUCUCUCCAGAAGAAACUCUUUUGACAAGUCUGAAUCAUCUGCUCAGAUGCAGAAGAUCUACACUUCAUCCAGUCCAAGAGAGAGGUCCUUAACAGUUAAAAGUUUAUCUUUCUCUUCCCAAUCCUCUGGUUUGGCAAGGCCAGUUUUGGACAGGACCUCAAAAACACCUAAAGCUGGUCCUGCCAAGUCCCAGGCUUCAACCAUAGCUGGAAAUAAGGCCACAAGGAAGAGUUCAGUUUCAACUCCCUUAACCAUCAAGAAGGAGACCGGUAGGUUGAGUAGAACUCCGAGCAAUCCUGACGAAAUUUCAGAGAUACUGAAUGCCGAAUCAGGAAACUUAGACAACAAGAAACCAGAGGUGAAAGACGUGGAAGAGGUUGUCAUCGUGAAGGUUGAGAGUGAUCAUGCAGUAGAUGUUGCCCCAGAUUUGCAGAAACCUAAAGAUAUCAUUGAUGAACAUGAUGAUAUCAUCCUGGCAGGUGAUGAACUUGUGAAAGAUCAAGAGACUCUGGUUGAUCAGGCUCGUGUCAUUUCCACGGUGGAGGACCACAUUCAUGAUUCAACUGAAUCUUCCCAGGGAGAAGCAGAAGAUACCGAGGACAAAUUAACUGAACAAGAAGCUACUGAAACCCUUCUUGGUGACAAAAUUGGUGAAGAUAAAGAUCAAAUUUCUAGUGAUGAGACUGAUAUUAUACAAGAGGAGAUCUCAACAGAAGUUGCUACACCAGAAGAUAAAAUAGAAGAUCACGCCCACAAAAAGACCGACACCAUCACAGCAGAAACUGGAGAAGCAGAGGCAACAAGUGAGAAGCCAGAGCAGGCUGGUGAAGGGCAAAACCUGAACAAGCCCAUAUCAUCAGAUGAUGAAAGGAAAGAUGCGCCAGCAGAGAGCACAGUGAAAGAAGAAGCAAAGCCAUUGACGAUCAAGACCAUUUCCCUUCGAAGAGCCAGAGACCUAGUCAGGGGAACUCGAAGAAGGAAUCGCCAGCAUACAACGACGUGAUUGCGGAGACCUCGAGCAAGCUGAUGGAGAAGAGGAAGAACAAGGUGAAAGCACUGGUGGGAGCUUUCGAGACCGUCAUAUCCUUGGAAGAGCCCCAAACUUGAC